ACAGUGGGCUAGAAUAAAUGUUGCACUUUACUUUACUUCUCGACGAGCUUCCUGGCUGUGUGUCUCACGCUGACUUUUUGUUUUGUUUUUGUUUCAUGAACAAACACCAAAUUAAAAGCACUCCAGAUCCCAGCAUGGUCCAGCUACGCUAACAAACAGCUAGCAGGAUUGGCAGUCUGAGGAGUGAACAUUCGUCAUGGCCUACUUGACUGACCCUCACCAGAACGGCUCAGGACAGAGAUGUGUGUCGCUAUGGUGAUCAUCUGCAAGAAGAGGCCGGAGAAGGGUGGCGACAAUGUAACGUCGAAAAGCACACAUUUGGGUCCGUUGCAGGCGCAGACCAUGAGCCAGGGGACCGCCCUCUUCUCUCACGAACUUAUGGAUACAAGGCACUGGUGCGAAGUUGCCCACGGAUGCGCCUCGCCACAAAGUCCAGUCGGCACCAGCCUGGAGAGUCUUUGGGACGCUCUACCACAGGUGCACCGGAGCGCCACCCACUGGAGUUGGGAUGUAGGCUCCACAUCCAGUACUGUCAGUAGCCUCCUGCAAAACCUCAGCCUGACCGAGGCCGCGUCUUCACUCAUGGCUGCGCCGCCAAGCAAGCGUCAGUGCCGGUCCCUCUCCUGCUCCGAUGACCUGCACCGCUCCACCUGGCGACCCCAAGGCUCCAGAGUGUGGACGACAGUAGAAAAAAGGAGGUGCCACAGUGGCGGGAGCGUCCAUCGCAAUGGCAUUGCCCAAACUAGCUUCCCAGUCAUCCAGCGCAGCUCAAGCUUCAGCCUCCCUGCCGCCUUGGCCCAGCCCCUCUACCUCUCUCAUGAACAGAUCCCAGAGCCCCACGUGCCUUCGCCAGUUAGUUCACCAGACUCCACCCCUGAACUGGAGCGCCGAGGAGGACUGGGCGGUCUGGCACGCAGCCGCUCACAACCCUGUGUACUCAAUGACAAAAAGAUUGGCGUCAAACGCAGGAGGCAAGAUGAUGCGCAAAGGCCCUCGCUAGAUCUGGCAAAGAUGACUCAGAAACUUCGGAACUUCCACAGCCUCAGCUGCCCGGGAAUCACAGGUCAGUCUGGACAUGCUGAGGACUCCUCUGCUACUCCUGAUGCUUCAGAUGACGUUCCGCCUGUAACCAAGCAUGAAACGUCUGCCCGCACCAUCCAGGAGGUGGAUUGGAUCUCCACAUACCACAAAGAUAAGGCACCAAUCUGGGCGGGCCUUUGUCGUGCCGAGAAGGACAGCUAUCUGCUCGGAGGCGAGCUGGACAUUGAACAGAUCGAGAGAAAUUGAGACAGACUCGAAAGUCUUACGGACAAACAGAAGUUAUGCACUCAUUCUUGGAGGGAGUAGUCUUAAAAUUUCCCCUCUUGCAGGGGUUCCAAGUGCGUCUCAGGAGACAAAGCAAUCAGGAAGCGUCACAUCUAGAGACGAAAUACUAAUGAAUCUUUUAACGUUGUUUCCGUAACACUUUACCGUAAUACAUUCGGAGAGAAUUCGCAGCAGGCUUGUACAAAUUCUCUGCGGUGGAGGAAGUUGGACAACCCGACAGACGUAAAUGGAUACACGUGAGCUACUUAUUAAAUGAUGCAACACGUGACAAGAAAAACAAGGCUUCUCUUUUGAGAUCAGUGUGUGAUUAUGAUGCUAAUAGCAUUAAUAUUUUGAUUUGUAACGACAAGGUGAUGUACAAACACAAACGUAUUUCUAUAUGAAUAAACAUAGUUUUAAACAUUA